AUGACUCCCUCAAAUGACAAUUCAAUUCGCGAUGAAGCUAUUCCGACUAGCACGGCACCCUGGCCAAAUACGAACCCGAGCCCUCGAUCAUCCAUUGCCCCACAAGACGUUAUCUAUGUGGGAAACCCGCCGUUUACGCCACAUACGUUAAUUCAGAACGCCUUUCCCACUUUCGGCCCUACCCCGUCAGCCUCCAGCACAGACCCAAAUCAGACCCCUGAUUUGAUACCGCUCGAAAAGGUCGCGAUCCCUCGUAUAGCUAGCGCCAACAAUGCACAGGCACGUCGACGCUCGGUGCGGGCAUGCGAAUCAUGUCGGCAACGAAAAACAAAAUGCGAUGGUAAACGACCCAGCUGUGGUCAAUGUAUAUACCACAACAAUCAGUGUGUCUACGAAGAAGUGAAGCGAGUGCGUGACGAGAAUAAGAUCAAGUCCCUCACGAAUCGUGUGGAAAAGUAUGAAAAGACCUUGCGCAGCGUUCAAGGAGAGGUCGACGCUCCCACCGCACGCAAAAUCAGGAAAGUUCUCAAGUGCAAAGACGGAAGUUUCUCGAAACAGCCCCAAAAAGACGAGGACUCCGACUCCGACUCGUCGGUGGGGUCUUUGGAAUCCGUCGAUGUAGUCGGCGAAGAUUUGAAUCGCAAUGAGCAAAGCCGCGCUGCCGGUUAUUUUGGAAAGAGUUCGGAAGUUUCUUGGAUGCAGAAGCUGGAAGAUAGUGUUGGAAGCACCAGUCGUGAAAUGUCUGACUCUCCUCUCAUGGGCCAUGUGGAAGGCCAGAACGGAGAUUCUGCGUCUCAGAAUGAUAAGAUUGCAAAGGAUAUCCCCAUUGCGAUGAUGAAUUAUCAUAUGGAUGAUUUGGACAUCCCAAUGGUGGAUAAUCAGUCGGACCCGUUCGUCAUGCCGCCGAGAGAUCUAGCCGACGAGUAUUUCAAUGCUUAUAUGUUAUUCGUCAAUCCUUUUUUCAAUGCCAUUCGUCAAUCUACCUUUACACAGCAAUAUCUGCAGUUCUUCAGUCGACCGCCUGGUCCGCCACGCAAUUCUGACCCCCCAAGGAAAUGGCUAGCGGUGCUGAAUAUGAUUUUUGCUAUUGGAUGUCGACAUUGCCGAUUAAUUAAUCACACCAACAGCGGUAUUUAUGAUGAUCAUAUUGUGUUUUUGACGCGAGCUAGACAGCUGAGUCUACACGAGAAUGUUCUUUUCGAGCAUACCGCACUUCAACAGAUACAGUUAGAGCUUUUGGUUGCUGUCUAUUUGCUUUGCACGGGUCAGAUAAAUAGGGCAUCCAAAUUCGGCAGCAUGGCGCUACACUCAGCGAUCUCUCUUGGUAUCAACCUACGUCUCCUAGAUGACAGAACAAAUCAUGCAUCAAAAGAAGCCCGUUCCCGCCUGUGGUGGUCUAUCUAUUCAUUAGAACACCUUCUCACCUCAAUGCACGGUCGAGUCUCCGGUGUCGGAGAGAGUCUCUGCUCAGUUCAGCUCCCCACCCCGGUGGAAGAAGAAGAAUUUGACGAGCCAGAGAUUCGACGCUUAUUCCAAAACGAACGAGCCAACAACAUCGAGUUCACCGCCACACUUUUCGAAAAACUCAACCAACCCUCCUCAACCCCCGCUUGGACAUUCACAGUCCCAACCAGUCCAUCCCUAUUCUUCCACUAUUUGGUAGACCUCUUCCUGAUCUCUCAAUCCGUUCUGAACAAAGUGUACAGCAUUGAAGGGAUCCGCGAAGGCUCAAGUCAAACGGAAUACCGUCUCCAAAAAUACGCUACACGAAUGGACCGCUGGCUCGCAAAGGUACACCCGAGUUACCAAUUCACUCAACCAGAGGCAGGUCCAUGGCGUGUGAAUCACGCCAAACUGGACGAUGAAUCCCUACCUCAUACCCGUGAACGAGUCUGUCUGGCACUGAACUAUUACUCCGCCAGAAUAACACUCUGUAGACCCUGUCUCAGUCUACAUCAACGUGCCACGAUCCCAGCAGAAAAGAUGCCCCGCGCGAAACUGCGCGCUGAAAUGGCCACGAAUUGUCUACAGGCAUCUUGUUCGCUCAUCUCCACCUUCCCUGAGCAAAUCGACAUCGCUUGGCUUGCGCGUGUCACCCCUUGGUGGAGUGUUCUUCAUUUCCUAAUGCAAUCUACGACUGCUCUACUUUUGGCUUUGGUAUACUGCUCCCCCGAAAAAUCGGAACAGGGGGCCCAACAGCAAGCGGAAUACCCGGCUAGCCUAUCUGGUGCACCGUAUCCGUCGCUAUUAGAAUCGGAUUUGAAAACCGCACUGGCAAUGUCCAGAAAGGCUCUUUCGUGGAUACAUGCGAUGGCCUCUGUGGAUAUGGCAGCCUACCGGGCAUUCAAAUUGUGUGAUAGUGUUGUGAGGAGAAUUGCGCCUACGCUGGAUGUUGAUUUGGAAGAUUGGCCCCUUGCGGAGACCCUGGCCGGGGGUGAGGUUGAGAACGGAGAAGCAUUUCAGAUUGAUUCGAGGAUGGAAGGAUUGGAAGAUUUGAUGAAUUUUGAGGCUGCGGCUACUUUAAUUGAUAAUUAA